AUGGAUGCAUUGCUGGAUGGCCUCAAUGAUGCGCAGAAGAGCGCAGUGACGAGCCCUGCAAAUGUCGUGCAGGUGCUUGCGCCUCCGGGCUCAGGCAAGACGAAAACACUGACAGCACGCGUCGCGUACCACAUCAACCACGAGCGACUGCAGCCAUGGAACAUUAUCGUCUGCACCUUUACCAUCAAGGCCGCCCGCGAGAUGAAGGAGAGGAUCAAGGGCUUUGUUGGGGAGAAGCUCGAAGCCAAGUUGAUCUUGGGUACCUUUCACUCCGUGGCACGUCGCUUCCUGUCCCGCUAUGGCCAUGAGAUUGGAAUCGACAAGAGUUUUGGAAUUGCCGACACGAGUGAUAGCGCAGCUAUACUCAAACGCAUCGUCACCCGGUACCAAUAUACGAUAGAGCCUGGCCAUGCUCGUUCGAGGAUUUCCAAGCUCAAAGCCCAGGGUAUUACAGCCGACGACUUUCGAAGAACACCCAAGAAUGCAAACGACAACGAGUUUGCCAUGAUCUACUCUUCUUAUCAAGAGCAACUCGCAGCUUCUAACCUGCUCGACUACGACGAUCUUUUGAUCCGCUGCGUAGAUCUCCUCAAGAAAUCGCCCUCGUGCGUCUCCACGAUACAAGCUGUGCUUAUCGAUGAAUACCAAGACACCAACAACAUCCAGUAUGAGCUGAUGCGCUUGUUAGCUCAGAGAUCCAGGCGUAUUACGAUCGUCGGGGAUCCAGAUCAGAGUAUAUACAGCUUCCGCUCAGCCGAGAUCAAGAAUCUCCUUCGCAUGCGGACUGACUAUCCGGAAUCGGUCGUCAUCAACCUCGAAAACAACUACCGCUCUUCGGGUUGCAUCCUCAACUCGGCAAUGGCGGUGAUUGAACAGGACGAGAGCCGACCGCAGAAGCCACUGAUUGCUACCCAUGGUGUGGGCGAACAACCCACUCUUCGUCAUCUGGUAUCCGCCAACGUGGAAGCAAAGUGGAUUGUUGAGGAGAUAUGCCGAACAAGAACACUGACUGCUGGACUGUUGGACUUUAAUGACUACGCCAUCUUGGUACGCUCGUCUCCGCUUACUCUUCAGAUUGAACGAGCCCUUGGCCAAGCUGGCGUCCCUUACCGCAUGGUUGCCGGCACGAAAUUUUUUGAUCGUGCCGAGAUUAAGAUUAUACUGGAUUACCUCCGCGUGGUCAGCCAGCCAGAGCACAACGAUGCAGUAGCACGCGUAAUCAAUGUGCCGUCUCGAAAGGUUGGUGAUACCACAGUGAAGGCUCUUUUGGAAGAAGCAGAAAUCGGCAAGAUGACACUGUGGAAACUGGUUCUUGAUGUUGCCCAAGGAAGAAGAAAGCCCAAGAGCAAAGUAUCUGCACCAGCGCAAAAAGGCAUUGAGCAGUUUGUCAAUGUCAUUCUCAGUUCGCGCGAAAAGCUGGUAUCGGUUAAAGAUGAUGGAUGCGACCUUUUUGGCCUGAUAACGCAUAUCUUGAACAGGAUAUCAUUCCAGUCAUAUCUCAAGCAGGCGCACAAGGAGAAUUGGCAAGAUCGAUGGGCAAACGUCGAAGAGCUUGUCAAUCAGGCAACGCAGAUGGCUACAGCGGUCGCAAAUGGAGAAGAGAUAUCAGACGACGUCUUGCCCGAGGUAGAAGGUCUUGAACAACGAGCCGACAGCGCCGCCGAUGUGCUUUCCAAGUUUCUUGCCAACGUAACAUUGUCGAGCGCAGCUGAUCAAGAGGGCGCCGAGCAAAACCAGGUUACCAUAUCUACCAUUCAUGCAGCCAAAGGUCUCGAGUGGCCCGUCGUCUUCAUGCCUGCCAUAUACGAUGGGUCGAUUCCCCACUCUCGAGCAGAUGAUCAUGAUGAGGAACGGCGAUUGUUGUACGUUGGCAUGACACGCGCACAGGCACUGCUUUACCUCAGCUGCCCUGUCAAGCAAUCCGGGCAGGAGGAAACCACACUUUCAAGAUUUGUAUCCGACCGCAAGGUGCAGAAAUUCUUUAGCGAGCGAGGGCCAGACCUAGCGUUCAAGCGCAGUACAAUUACUGAUCUAGCACGGAUACUGCGGAGAGACUGCCCUUGCACUGCAGAUCUUGACCGUGCUCGAGAUACCCUAGAGCGCCCGGAAGAUGAUAAGUACCCAGCGACUCGAGAAGAAAUUGAUGGCAAUGAUCCAACGUGGGGGGCGCCGUGGGACGACAAGCCCAGUGGGUGUAGACUGGGUAGUGAGGGGCCCAACCAAGCCUUCAAGCGACGCAAGAUUGAUUCUUCGAGCUCUUCUGCGAGAGAAGCAGUAUCUGUUACCAUGAACCGCGCGUCGGACUUUUCCACCGCCAAAACCACCAUGCAAAGCGUAAAUACGGGCUUCACAAGCGCCCGCGAUCUGGGCGACUUGCAAGCAAUGCAGAGAGAAGCAGAGCGUAUCCGUACGCUUGCCAGCGCUCAAGAUGCGCCGACCGCAAAGACGGAAACAAAGCCUGUCCGGGCGAAGCCUGCCAAACCGCGCGCAGCCGGCCAAGGUGCUAUCACGAGCUUCUUCAAGCGAUCAAGCAGCGCCGUGUCUGUAGAAACAGAGCAUGCAGCACCCCCGUCGUUGCAGCGAUUGCAAUCCUCCUUCUCAACCAACGCACCGUUACAAGACAUUUCCAACGUACAGCCUUGGACGACCCGCCCGUGCCGCCCCUUCCAGCCGCUCUCGAUACCAGACCAUAAAGUAACGAGCCGGCCGAUUCUCGCCAAACCAAAGAGGAACGAGCCGGAGACGGAGACGCGGAAUACGCGAUAUGACGUCGGAAUCGGGUUUUCGGCCGGCGUCAACAUUUCACAUGACGUCGAUGAGCCAGGUGCAGAAUCGCGCGGCGGGGCAGAGGAAAACACUGGGUGCGAGGAGAAGCAUGCAGCCGUGGAGCGUGAAACAUAG